AUGGAAAACGUUGAUCGGAUCACAUUGCUAAACGAUAUCGAUGUUCUUACCACAAACUACACUAUCAGGGUUAAAAUUGUUAGUUUGUGCAGGAAGAAAAUGAGGGAUAAUGAAAGGGAGACAUAUCGAAUAGAUAUGAUACUGAUGGAUGAAAAGGGUAGCAAAAUUCAAGCUUCUUGCAUGCAUAAGCUAUUUUCAAAGUUUGAGAGGCAUCUUAAUGUUGAUGCAUGCCUUAUCAUUAAACGGCCAUCUCUUGCUGCGAACACAGCAUCUUUCAAGAUUGUUCCUAACAACCAGAAGCUAACUUUUUAUUAUCAUACCUUUGUGGAAAAGUGCAAUGUAUGGGACGGUCCGCAAUACCUUUUCAAUUUUGUUGAGUUUAAUGAUGUUCUUUCAAAGAAAAUAAAAGAGGGUACGACAGUAGAUUUCAUUGGGUAUGUUGGUGUUUGUUAUAACAUUGAGGAUACUAACAAAAAGGAUGGUAGCAAAGGGAAACGUCUUAAUCUUAAGCUUCAAGAUCUUGAAGAUGUUCAGAUCGAUUUAAUUCUUUGGGACGAUUACGCUAAGGACAUGUAUUCUUACAUGGUUAGCGAAAAGCGUGAAGCACAUGUUGUCGUUGUUGUCCAUUUCGGUGCAGUUAAAUCAUACAAAGGCAAAUGGGGAUUUUCCAAUAACUUUGAUGGUUCAAGACUUUUCAUUAACGACAACUUUGAUGACAUGCUAUUGUUCAAGCAAAAGUUUCUUGCUAAACUUUCUGCUUCAACUGAGUCAAGUAGCCAUGCUGGGUCAUAUAUGAUGUGUUCUGUCGAAGAUGAAUUUUUAAAGAAUGAUGUUUUUUCACCACUUGCUUAUCUUCCAUCAAUCUUAGAGCCAAAGAAAGUUGUUGUUGUUGGAACUAUUGUAGCAAUCGUUUCUGAUAAGAUGUGGUAUUAUGAUGGGUGUAACUAUUGCAAGUCAAAAGUUGAGAAAAAGUUUGAAACCUAUGAUAAAGAUGAUGGAACAAGUGAUGUUAGAGAUGCGCAGUUGUAUCAAUGUUCUAACAAGGAUUGUAAUGGAAAAGAGGUUUUCCCGCUGUCCAUGUUUAAAAUACCGGUUCGCGUUCAAGAUUCAACCGGAACUGUGACGCUUACAUUAUUUGACCAUGAGGCCAUGAAGUUUGUUCGGAAAACUGCAAAGGAACUUAUUCAAAUUCAGGACGAGUUAUUGAAAACUAAUGAUUUCCCAAGAGAAUAUCCCGUUGAAUUUGAAGAGUUGCUUAAUCUAAAGUGUGCUUUCGUGAUUAAAGUAACUGACUUUAAUAUUGCUAAUGGUGUCGAGAAUUAUGGAAUAUCAGUUGUUACAACUGAUGAUGACAUCUUGGAUAAGCUCAACAAAAAAUUUAAAAUAGACCAAAUUGAUGCUUAUGAAACUUUUGGUAUGAGUCAGUCUGAGUUGCAAACUUCUGGUGCUGAAGGUUUGAAGGAUGCCGAUUCUUACACUGGGGAUAACACCACACCUAUUUCAAAGGAUUAUGCGGUUGACUUGAAACAAUCAUCCUCUGACAUGAAGCGUAACCUUGAUGAUGUUUAUUUGAAUGAAGUUGGAUUGGCGUCCUCAGCAACUGAGCAAGCUAAAUGUAGGCGUUCGUUAAGAAAGCUAUAUAUUGAUAAUAAGAGAUCAAAUGCAGCUGCUUUUCCGGAAUAUGUUGUCAGAGCUGUAGAGGCUAAACACAGGCGCAAAGGUGGUGCUUCAACAUCGUCAUCAUCAACACCAAUCCUGUUAAAUAACAAAGAGAAUUUAACUCCCAAUAUUUCAAACACCACCUUUCCUACCGAAUCUUCAACUGGUAUUGGGACAAGUAAUCAUUUAAAUUCGUCCUUUAAUGUAAGAUCAUCCGUUAUUACACAAUCAACUUUGAAGAAGAAAGGAAAUGUACUACACGAUCAGUUUACAACACCCAUCCGUACACCAUUUGCAAACCUAUCAAACACAAUACCAGAUAAUAUUGCAAGCUCAUCAACGUUACCAUUGAAUGAUUGCUAUUCUCUUCAUCCCAGAAUAUCCAAUAAACGUAACACAACAUUUUUGACCUCUGAAUUAAGCUCGAUAAAAAAGAUGUCUUCUGGAAAGCGUAGACUUAUUCAUAAACCAAUUGAAAUAGAACCCAUACCAAUGGCUGUUCUUGAUUCUGAUGAUGAAAAUCAUGUUAACGAGGUUGUGUUAGACGCCACCAAAGGCGUUUCUAAAGAUUACGUUGACCAUGGUGACCAAUCUCUUACGUGUGGUUUAUGCUUUGCAAACUUAUGGCCAACCGAAGGUGGAAAGGGUCGCAUUACACUUCAAAAGCAAACAUAUAGCUUAUGUUGUGGAUAUGAUCAGGAAAGCAAAUAUUUCUUAAAGAACAUAAGACGUUACAAUUCUAUGUUUUCCUUUACUUCAAUGGGAGGAAAAGUAGAUACUAAAAUAAACAAAGGUAAUGCUCCAUUUGUUUAUAGAAUCAGUGGUCAGAAUGCACAUAGUAUGGGUAGUCUUCUUCCUAAGCAUGGAUCCCAGCCAAAAUUUUCACAGCUUUAUAUCUAUGAUACUGAGAAUGAGCUUUCUAAUAGGGAGUUGUUAUUCAGUGAUUCUUCAAGCAAAGCAUCGAUAAGGGCAAAGGAACUUGAUGUUAAGUUUAUAAAGUAUAUUACGAACAUGUUAGAUUCUACAAAUAUGUUGGUUAAAACUUACAGGAUGGUACGAGACCAUCUCCAUGACAAUCCUAAUGUUACUCUUAAACUUCGUAUAAUCUCACAGAGAGAUCGAGACGGUAGGACUUACAAUUUACCUACGUGUUCUGAAGUUGCUGCUUUGAUAGUUGAUGAACCUGAUCUCCAGAUUGAAAGCCGUGAUAUUAUUGUUGAAAUGCGUUCCGGAGAUCUUAAGCGUAUUAGCGAGUUACAUCCUUCUUAUCUUGCUCUACAGUAUCCAAUUCUUUUUCCGUAUGGAGACGAUGGAUAUAGGAUUAACAUUCCUCAUAGGGAUUUUGGUCCUAAUACAAAGAAGACAAGACCAACUUGUACUAUGAGGGAGUUUUUUUCUUAUAGAAUUCAGGAUAGGCAUAACAAGUUUUCUCUAAUUCUUAAUGCAAGAAGGUUGUUUCAGCAGUUUUUAGUCGAUGCCUACACAAUGAUUGAAAGUGAGAGGCUAAACUACAUACGUUUUCAGCAAAUCAAACUGAGAUCUGAUUCGCUUAACAGUCUUAAAAAUGUUCAAGACGUUGGUCAGAGUGAUUUGAGUCAUACGGGACAACCUGUUAUAUUACCUUCAUCUUUUACGGGUGGUUCUCGAUACAUGAUGCAAAAUUACUUAGAUGCUAUGGCGUUAUGUCGGAAGUAUGGGUAUCCUGAUUUCUUUAUCACAAUCACAUGUAAUCCGAAAUGGUCUGAGAUUGUAAGAUUUAUUGGUGACUCUUCAAUUAAGCCUAAAGACAGACCUGACAUACUUUGUCGAUUGUUUAAGAUGAAACUUGAUGAAUUGAUAAAAGAUAUGAAGCAAAAAUUUUUUUUUGGCGAUAUUAAUGCAGUUGUUUAUACCGUUGAGUUUCAAAAACGUGGUUUGCCACAUGCGCAUAUUUGCUUAUUUAUGAAAGCUGAUCAUAAGCUUCCUACGGUUGAACACAUCGAUCCCUUUAUAUCAGCUGAAAUUCCUGAUAAGAACGAGGAUCCUGAAUUGUAUUCUCUUGUGAGUGACUUUAUGAUUCAUGGUCCUUGUGGAUAUGCGAACAUGAAAUGUCCAUGCAUGGUUGGGAACCGUUGUUCUAAGAAUUUUCCAAAGAGGUUUUUGGAUUCCACUUCCAUUGAUUCUGAUGGAUUUCCAGUUUAUAGGAGAAGAGAUUCUGGUCACACAGUUGUGAAGAAGGGCGUUACUUUAGACAAUAGGAGUGUAGUUCCAUACAACAAAAAGCUACUUAAAAGAUAUCAGGCACACAUCAACGUGGAAUGGUGCAAUCAGGCUGGGUCAAUAAAGUAUUUGUUUAAAUACAUUAAUAAAGGACCUGAUCGAGCCACUGUUGCUGUUUUUGAUUCAGACAGAGGCCCCGAUGAGGAGAUUCCAAAAGAUGAAAUUAAAGAGUAUUACGAAGCUAGAUAUGUUUCCGCAUGUGAAGCCAGCUGGAGAAUAUUUGGCAAUGAUGUUCAUUAUCGGUAUCCAUCUGUUAUGAGGUUACCAUUUCAUCUUCCAGGACAACAAAAUGUUGUAUUUAGUUGUGACGAUGAUAUUGAGGAUGUCCUAAACAAACCUCAAGUAAAUUCCUCUAUUUUCUUAGAAUGGAUGAAGAUGAACAAUUCUAAGCCUGAAGCAAGAGAACUUACUUAUGUUGAGUUUCCCACAAAAUAUGUGUGGAAGUUAAAAGAUCGUUGCUGGCAGCAACGCCAAAAUUAUGUUGUUAUUGGAAGAAUUUAUUCUGCGUCUCCCUCUCUUGGUGAGGCUUAUUACCUAAGAAUUUUUCUUACUAAGGUUAAAGGGCCACGAUCAUUUGAAGAAAUAAGAACAUAUGAUGGUGUUGUGUAUCCUACGUUUCGGGAUGCUUGUUAUGCACGUGGCCUGUUAGAUGAUGACAAUGAAUAUAUCGAGUGUAUUAAAGAAUCCAGUUUCACAGGAAACGGUCAUUAUCUUCGUUCUUUGUUUGCAACACUUCUAUUGUCUAAUACGCUAUCUAGACCUAAAGUUGUUUGGGAGAAAACGUGGGAGCUAUUGUCCGAGGACAUUUUAUACAAUAUGCGGAAAGAUUCUGGCAUGAGCGAUUUCGUUGUUUCUGAUGAACGUUUAAAGAAUAUUACGUUGUCGAAAAUCAAAAAAUUCCUUCUUCGUAAUGGAUCCAGCUUGCACAGGUUUUCACCAAUGCCUUAUCCUGAUGAUGACUAUCUAAUGUCCGAGAGCAACCGUUUGAUAAACGAGGAGCUUUCUUUUGACAUGGAUGAAGUUACGGCUGAGUUCAAUAAUCUUCACAACUGUCUAAACGGCGAUCAAAGAGCCGUGUAUAAUGAAAUUAUGGAUGCUGUUCGGAUUGGUAAGGGUGGUGUGUUUUUUGUGUACGGUUAUGGUGGUACGGGCAAGACUUUUCUGUGGAAAACUUUAGGUGCUUCCAUUAGAUGCAAUGGACAGAUUGUUAUUAAUGUCGCUUCAAGUGGUAUUGCAUCUUUGUCGUUAUCACGCGGUCGUACUGCUCACUCGCGAUUUCAUAUUCCAAUUAAUGUCAAUGAAGAUUCGGUAUGCCAUAUAAAGCCUAAUACUGAAAUCGCGAAUCUUUUAUAUGAAGCAAAGUUGAUUAUUUGGGACGAGGCACCGAUGAUACACAAACAUGCUUUCGAGGCUCUUGAUCGUACAAUGAAGGAUGUUUUGAGUGUUUUUGAUUCACGAAAUUCAGAACUUCCAUUUGGUGGGAAAACUAUUGUAUUUGGUGGUGACUUUAGACAAAUCCUACCUAUUGUACAAAAUGGAAGCAGGCAAGAUAUCGUAAACGCCUCAUUAUGUUCAUCCCACAUCUGGUCCAGUUGCAAGGUGUUGAAAUUGACAACCAACAUGCGUUUGUCGGUUGGAUCAAGUAGCUCAAACGUUGUGGAGAUAAACGAACUUGGUAAAUGGCUUCUUGACAUCGGCGAAGGUAAUGUUGGUGACUCUAUCGACGGUGAUGGAAAUAUUGAAAUACCUGCUCAUCUCUUAAUAACUGAUGAGAAUGAUCCAAUUCAAGGUUUGAUUGACUUUGUAUAUCCUUCAGUUCUUCAUCGUUAUAAAGACCGUAACUACUUUUCUGAGAGAGCUAUACUCGCUCCUAAGAAUGAAGUUGUUCAUGAGAUAAAUGACCGUUUGCUUGAUUUGUUUCCCGGUGAAGAAGUUGAGUAUCUUAGCUCUGAUAGUUUAUGUCCGACUGAGGAAAUCAACGAUCCGUUACAUCAAGAUUUGUAUAAUCCAGAUGUGUUAAAUAGUGUAAAAGUAUCAGGGUUACCAAAUCAUAGAUUGGUAUUAAAAUUGGGCGUUCCGGUUAUGCUUUUGAGGAAUAUUGAUCAGCAAAACGGUUUGUGCAAUGGUACGCGUCUUCAAAUCACACGUCUUGGUAAACGUGUUAUUGAGGCUGAGAUAUUAUCAGGAAGUAAUGUUGGAUCAAGAACUUACAUCCCAAGAAUCAGCAUGAUACCAUCUGACAAGAAAAUACCCUUCAAAUUUCAACGAAGGCAAUUUCCAAUAACCGUAUGUUUUGCGAUGACUAUUAACAAAAGUCAAGGACAAUCUCUAUCUAGAGUUGGUAUAUACCUGAGAGACCCCGUGUUCUCACAUGGUCAGCUUUAUGUUGCGUUGUCGAGGGUAAAGCCUAAGGAUGGCGUUAAGGUUUUAAUAUUCGACAAAGAUGGCAGGCCAACAAAUAAAACUGCAAACGUUGUUUACAAAGAAAUAUUUGGGAAAUUGUAG